AUGACAAUCAUCCACUUUUUAAAAAGGGACGUUAUCGUCUUUUCUCUUUCAUUUGUUACGACUGAUAUUACUUGCAAUCUAUCUAUCUAUCUAUCUAUCUAUCUAUCUAUCUAUCUAUCUAUCUAUCACAUUUCUAAUAUCUAUCUAUCUAUCUAUCUAUCUAUCUAUCUAUCUAUCUAUCUAUCACUUUUUCAGUUUUAUCUAUUUAUUUCUGUUAAGUAUCUAUCUAUCUAUCACUUUUUCUUAACUAUCUUAUCUAUCUAUCUAUCUAUCUAUCUAUCUAUCUAUCUAUCUAUCUAUCACUUCUUUAAUAUCUAUCUAUCUAUCUAUCUAUCUAUCUAUCUAUCUCUCUAUUACUUUCUCUUCAUAUCUAUCUAUCUAUCUAUCUAUCUAUCUAUCUAUCUAUCUAUCUAUCUAUCUAUCUAUUACUUUCUCUUCAUAUCUAUCUAUCUAUCUAUCUAUCUAUCUAUCUAUUACUUUUUCUUAAGUAUCUAUCUAUCUAUUAUCUAUCUAUCUGUUUGUUUGUUCGUCUAUCUAUCUAUCUAUCUAUCUAUCUAUCUAUCUAUCUAUCUAUCUAUCUAUCUAUCUUUUAUUACUACUAAUAGUAGUAAUACUACUACUAGUAAUCAUCCAUUGACUGACACUCGCGUCAAUAUUUUCCAGUCGCUUUUCACUGGGGGAGAUAAAUCCUUCUUUAAAGCCUCAACACCUUUUGUAUUUGCUUUCUUCUUUUUAUACUCGUUCUAUACUUUACUACACGAUACUCCCCCUUUUUUUUUUUUUUUUACCCUCUUUUUUCUCUUUCUUUUCUUUCUUUUUUUUUCUUUUUCUUUUUUUUUGAUUUCUCCUUUUCUUUUCGGAAAAAUUCGAAACCUAUUUCCAGAAUUACUUUUUUUUUUUUAUUAUCAUUGUUAUUGCCGGCGUAUCUCUUUGUUCAAAAUCGUUCUUGAUUUAAAUCACUUUGGAAGGGUUUGUUUUAACACUGUUCACAUCUAUCUAUCUAUCUAUCUAAUUCUCUUCACUAUCUAUCUAUCUAUCUAUCUAUCUAUCUAUCUAUCUAUCUAUCCAUUCUCUUCUCCAUCCAUCUAUCUAAUCUAUCCAUCCAUCCAUCUAUCUAUCCAUCUAUCUAUCUAUCCAUCUAUCCAUCUAUCUAUCUAA